CGGCUCCCAGCUCCGACGCGGAGCUGUUUCUCAAACAACGCGCAGCAGAGGCGGCUGCCCUUCUGAAAAGAAGACCCUUGACUAGCGCCUGCAUACUAUCGAGGGUUUGGAGAUGAAGGGUCCUCUCCGGGAGCCCUGCGCCCUGACCCUAGCCCAGAGGAACGGGCAAUAUGAGUUAAUAAUCCAGUUGCAUGAGAAGGAACAGCAUGUCCAAGAUAUCAUUCCUAUAAAUAGCCACUUCAGAUGUGUUCAAGAAGCAGAAGAAACUCUUUUGAUUGACAUCGCUUCAAACAGUGGCUGCAAAAUUCGGGUUCAGGGGGACUGGACCAGAGAGCGCCGCUUUGAAAUCCCUGAUGAGGAACAUUGUUUAAAGUUUCUCUCAGAGGUCCUUGCUGCUCAGGAAGCUCAGUCACAGCUUCUUGCUCCAGAGCAAAAAGACUCAUCUAGCUGGUACCAGAAAUUAGACACUAAGGACAAACCUUCUGUUUUUUCAGGGCUUCUUGGAUUUGAGGAUAAUUUUUCAUCUAUGAACUUGGACAAGAAAAUAAAUUCACAAAAUCAGCCUAUGGGGAUUCAUCGGGAACCCCCACCUCCACCUCCUUCAUUGAAUAGAAUGCUUCCACGUGAAAAAGAAGCUUCUAACAAAGAGCAGCCCAAAGUGACCAACACCAUGCGGAAGCUCUUUGUACCAAAUACCCAGUCUGGCCAGCGGGAGGGUCUCAUCAAACAUAUCCUGGCAAAACGAGAAAAAGAAUAUGUCAACAUUCAUACUUUCAAAUUUUUUGUUGGAACUUGGAAUGUGAAUGGCCAGUCUCCAGAUAGCGCGUUAGAACCCUGGCUGAACUGUGAUCCGAAUCCUCCUGAUAUCUACUGCAUUGGAUUCCAGGAGCUGGAUUUGAGCACAGAGGCCUUUUUCUACUUUGAAUCUGUGAAGGAACAAGAGUGGUCCAUGGCUGUGGAAAGGGGUUUGCAUUCCAAAGCCAAGUAUAAGAAAGUUCAAUUAGUUCGCCUUGUUGGGAUGAUGCUCCUUAUAUUUGCCAGAAAGGAUCAAUAUCGGUACAUCCGUGAUGUUGCUACAGAAACAGUUGGAACUGGAAUCAUGGGGAAAAUGGGAAACAAAGGUGGGGUAGCUGUGAGAUUUGUGUUUCACAACACUACUUUCUGCAUUGUUAAUUCCCACCUGGCUGCCCAUGUGGAAGACUUUGAGAGAAGGAAUCAAGAUUAUAAGGACAUCUGUGCAAGAAUGAGUUUUGUGGUCCCCAAUCAGACCCUUCCACAACUGAACAUUAUGAAACAUGAUGUUGUAAUUUGGUUGGGAGAUUUGAACUACAGACUUUGCAUGCCUGAUGCCAGUGAAGUGAAAAGUCUUAUUAGUAAGAAUGAUCUUCAGAGACUCUUAAAAUUCGAUCAGCUAAAUAUCCAGCGCACACAGAAAAAAGCUUUUGUCGACUUCAAUGAAGGGGAAAUCAAAUUUAUCCCCACUUACAAGUAUGACUCGAAAACAGACCGAUGGGAUUCCAGUGGAAAAUGUCGGGUUCCAGCUUGGUGUGACAGAAUUCUUUGGAGAGGAACAAAUGUUAAUCAGCUUAAUUACCGGAGUCACAUGGAACUGAAAACCAGUGACCACAAGCCUGUUAGCGCCCUCUUCCAUAUUGGGGUGAAGGUAGUGGAUGAACGGAGGUAUCGGAAAGUCUUUGAAGAUAUUGUACGCAUCAUGGACAGAAUGGAAAAUGACUUCCUUCCUUCCUUAGAACUCAGCAGGAGGGAGUUUGUGUUUGAGAAUGUGAAGUUUCGGCAGCUACAAAAGGAGAAGUUCCAGAUCAGCAACAAUGGACAGGUUCCCUGCCAUUUUUCUUUCAUCCCUAAACUUAAUGACAGCCAGUACUGCAAGCCAUGGCUUCGGGCUGAACCUUUUGAGGGCUACUUGGAGCCAAAUGAGACAGUGGACAUUUCUCUUGAUGUGUAUGUCAGCAAAGACUCUGUGACCAUCCUGAACUCAGGGGAAGAUAAGAUUGAAGAUAUUCUUGUCCUUCAUCUGGAUCGAGGCAAAGAUUACUUUUUGACCAUCAGUGGAAAUUACCUCCCAAGUUGUUUUGGUACAUCCUUAGAAGCUUUGUGCCGAAUGAAAAGACCAAUCCGAGAAGUUCCAGUUACCAAACUCAUAGACUUGGAAGAAGACAGCUUCCUAGAAAAGGAGAAAUCUCUUCUGCAGAUGGUUCCCUUGGAUGAAGGUACCAGUGAAAGACCCCUUCAGGUACCCAAGGAGAUCUGGCUUCUAGUAGAUCACUUAUUCAAAUAUGCCUGUCACCAGGAGGACCUGUUCCAAACUCCUGGAAUGCAGGAAGAGUUACAGCAGAUAAUUGAUUGUCUGGAUACCAGCAUUCCUGAGAAAAUUCCGGGCAGUAAUCACUCUGUGGCUGAAGCACUGCUCAUUUUCCUGGAAGCCCUGCCAGAGCCAGUUAUCUGUUAUGAGCUAUAUCAGCGAUGUCUUGACUCUGCUCAUGAUCCUCGAAUCUGCCGACAGGUAAUUUCUCAACUGCCAAGAUGCCAUAGAAAUGUUUUCCGUUACUUGAUGGCAUUCCUUCGAGAACUCUUGAAAUUCUCUGAGUACAACAAUGUCAGCGCCAACAUGAUCGCCACUCUCUUCACUAGUCUUCUCCUAAGGCCUCCACCCAACCUUUUGGCAAGACAGACUCCAAGUGACCGCCAGCGUGCCAUCCAGUUCCUUCUGGGCUUUCUGCUUGGGAGUGAUGAAGACUAAGUCUUUUCUUCUCCAAAAUUCUAGAGAAGAAAGAUCUUGGGUUCCAAGUAUUUCAGAAUGAUUUGAGAAGGCGUGCCACAGGAAGGGUCUAUUGCAGGAUCUCAGGUUCUGUUAAUAGUGCAAAAGAAAGAGAGUUUCUUAAUCCCUUCUUUACCAUAUUCUACACAGCAAAAUACUUUUAGACUUAUAUUGCCAAGCCAAAGUUACCAUAUUUUGGUGUUUUUGUGUUUUCUCUUUAUAAGGCAAAGAAGUCUGUAUUUACACUCCUUUACCUAGGGAUAUAUUUGUUGCCCUUCAACCCAAUUGUCAUGAUUGUCCUUAGUCAUAGGCCUAGACUCUGAGGUGUUUCCGUUCUAGGCCUAUAAGCACUACUUCCUAUAUCUCAGACUUGUCUGUAGUCCUUCAUAUAAUGCACUUUUGACCCACUCCUCCCCAUGUCACUCCUUUGCACUCCCCUUCACUCAUUCUAUGGCUUCAAAGGAAGCCUGGAUGAGGCUAAUGACUCCUUGGAUGUCCUUAACAGUGAGUUCAAUGUUUGUAAGUGGUCACUACAUGCAUUUGUGCAUUUCUACUACAAUGGCAUCUGUAUGUCACUGUUAUUGGCCUUUUUGUGGAUCCGCACUGGGUGGAACCAUUUUUCUUGUCUCAGAUCACAUUUAGUAACAUAACUUUAGGAGUUAUAGAGGUGGCAUCACAUUGAUAUAAGAGAAUCACAGUCAGAGUGGAAACACUUUGAAUAUUUCAGGAGUGAGAGUAUUCACAUUUGAUAAGUCCUGUUUCCUACUCUCCCUUUCCUAGUAUUAUUUACAUUUUAUAUGAGGAUCAAUCCUGGGUACUAGGCGACCCAUCUCCCACUUAGAAAUCCACCUCUAAUGGUGGGCACAGUGGUACAUGCCUGUAAAUCCCAGCAACUUGGGAAACUGAGGCUGGAG